UUCCGUGUUUUUGGCGCGCUGUGUUUAAAGCCUGGCGACGCUGUUAAACUUUACCUGAUCUUAUGGCUCGUUUGAAUGAACUAAAUUACGACAUGAACUUUUAGUCGUGAUUAGAUAAAACGUCGUGGGAAAAGACCGAUUUUAUUAAAACUAUUUACCACGGAAGCGUAUUUCAGCGCGCGCUGUUGCCAUGGACCGCUAUAACGACCUGAAAAUACUCUUAAAACAGUGGGAACAUUCAUUUAUGCAAACACACCACAGAAAACCGAAUAAGGAUGAUAUUGCUGCAGCUCCCGAAGACACUAAAAAUCUUUAUAAAGAGUACCGCAUGCUCAAAGAGGCAAAGGAGAAGACCACGAAUGAGAAUGCUGGUUGCAUCCAAAAGCAGGAGGUCCAGUCUCCAGCCAUUUCCGACUACUGGGGUUCUCAUCUUAAUCGUAAAAACCUGCCUGCAGCAACACCCAAACUCACAUCUACAGACAAGGAGACUUUACAGGCCUCUCCUCAGUACUUUGGGAUGAAGCUGAAGUCUAAUCUCAACUCGUUAUCGAAGGAGCGAUCGUUCUCUCUGAAGAAAGCAGUCACUCUUCGACGGACACCGGGAAAGAGCCGGAAAGACGAUGGAAUCGCGAGCUCGGCACUCGAGGACGUGGUGAAUCCAUCCCCAAAACUUGCUAACACGAGUCCAGCGCUGCUCAGUCCUUCAGAUCAGACAGGGAGCACUGAGUGUGAGGGUGAACCCUCUGAUCAUUUUCCUUCUUUCACUCCUUUGAAAAUGUCCUCACUAAGCUCAAAGACUCCGAGUAAAAGCCUGGAGAAAGCCCAGUUCCUCAGGCAGUCCAUGACCAAGCGGCUGUCGUGUGUGGACAGGGGCUGGCUGGAGCGUUGUCAGGGCUUCACUGAGGCAAGUGUUGAGCACAAACCAGUUGCCGGAAAUGUAGACCUUCCGGAAAUUAAUCAGAGUAGUGCUACGAGUGAGAAAAAAGUUGUUGAGAACGAAGCAUCCAGAGACGCAUCAUCAUCACCACAUGAUGUGUCUCAGGUGCAUGCUGAGAAAUGUUCAGUAGACAUUAAUCACAUUCCAGGAACCCCUGAUAAAUUAUUGACGCUAGAUCGAGUCCCAGAGGGUCAGGACCACAUCGACAGGUGCAGUCCUCCUUUACAAACUAGAAAACAAGUGAAAAAAACCCAGUCAAGAAAAGCACAGGAUUCUGAAGGUUCAGAUUGCGAGCAGAAGCCUGUAAGAAGAAAGGGACGGAAAAGACAGAGAGAAACCGAAGAAGGCGAAGAACAAGCAGGACAAAUCGAAAGUGUCCAGAAGAAACGCAGGACCAAGAAAGGGGACGCUGCAGAGGAGAAGCCUGUGAAAAAAGGACGGAAAAAGAAAGAGCGAGCAACCGAGGAGGAGGAAAGCACUCCUGAGAUUCAAAAAGUACCUCAGAAAUCAAAGAUGCCUCAGGAGAACCUUCUUGGAGAAGUGGACGAGGAGGACGUGAGAGCGGCGUCAUCCAAGAAGACGAACCCGAUCAGAAGCAGGGUGACCAAAAACACAGAUGGUAACUUUGUGAAAAUCAACCUGAAGAAGAAGUCCCAUGUUAAAGGCUUUGCACUGAGAGGUGCUGCUCUCCGCAAGCAGAUGUACAUGCAAAAGUUCCAGCUGAAGGGCGAGCGGUUCGGCGGAGGCUUUGGCCGGGGCAGAGGCCGAUUCGGGGGCUUUAACCGACAGGGAGACGUCUGCUAUAAAUGUGGUGGAAGUGGACACUGGGCACGAGACUGUCGUGGAGCAGCUCUGGCUCCUGGUACAGGAGGGUCGUCUCAGAAGGACAAGACCCCUGAGGACGAGGAAGAGGAGCCAUUUGAGCUGCCCACCUUAGAGGAAGUAGCCAGAGCGACAGGAACUCUUUGUUCUGAACCCAUUACAGUGCCAUCAAGUGUUCAAAAUGAUGCAGGUGAGAAGGACGAAGACCAAGGAGAGGAAAUCCUGCUAAACGUCAUAAGACCGGACUAUGAGCGUCCUGCUCCUCCUCCACCCAUGGACCCUCUUUACAGUCCGCGAGAGGACGGCAGAGUGCAGGAAGUUCCUCCUGAGGUAUUCCAGGCUCUUCAGGACUUUGGAUACAAGUCCUUUAGGCCUGGCCAAGAGACUGCCAUCAUGAGAAUCCUCUCAGGUUUAUCUACCCUGGUGGUUCUGUCUACUGGCAUGGGCAAAUCUCUGUGCUACCAGCUUCCUGCCUACCUCUAUGCUCAAAGGUCAAAGUGCAUAACCCUGGUUGUGUCACCUUUAGUAUCGCUAAUGGAUGACCAGCUCUCUGGGAUUCCCUCUAAGCUGAAAGCAGCAUGUAUCCACUCCAAUAUGUCUCCUAAACAGAGAGAGGCCGCUAUCGAAAAGGUGAAAGCAGGUGAAGUCCAUGUUUUACUGUUGUCCCCAGAGGCUCUGGUUGGUGGUGGUCACUCUGGCUCCGGGUGUCUCCCCCCUGCAGACCAGCUCCCCCCAGUGGCCUUUGCCUGCAUUGAUGAAGCUCACUGUGUGUCUGAGUGGUCACACAACUUUAGGCCAUGUUACCUCAGGCUGUGUAAGGUGCUGAGGGAUCGUCUGGGUGUGCGUUGUUUGCUGGGCCUGACAGCCACUGCCACCCUGUCCACUGCGCUGGACAUCGCCCAUCACCUGGGCAUUAGCGAUCGGGACGGCAUCGCCGUUCGCUCGGCUGCAGUUCCACAUAACCUCCAGCUCUCUGUGUCAAUGGAUAGAGACAAAGACCAGGCUUUGGUCCUUGUUAAAGGUGAGCGCUUUGGUGCCCUGGAGUCCAUUAUAGUGUACUGCACCAGACGAGAAGAGACUAGCCGCAUUGCAGCACUGCUGCGCACCUGCCUGCAGGGGGUGAUGUUGAGAGAGUCUUCACGGCUUGUCAAAGAGGACAAGGAGGACAAUCCUGUCAGCAAGAAGAAGAAAGCUUUGGCCAGGAAGAAGAUCCGGAAGCCGCUGAAGUGGAUCUCUGAGGCGUAUCACGCGGGCAUGUCAGCCUCCGAGCGCCGGCGUGUACAGAAUAACUUCAUGUGUGGCGAGCUGAGGGUGGUGGUGGCCACUGUGGCGUUUGGGAUGGGCCUGGACAAGUCAGAUGUGCGCGGUAUCAUACACUACAACAUGCCCAAGAGCUUCGAGAGUUACGUGCAGGAGAUCGGACGAGCCGGGAGAGACGGAGAGCCCUCGCACUGCCACCUGUUCCUGGAUCCAGAAGGUGGAGAUCUGCACGAGCUGCGGAGACACAUCCAUGCAGACACUGUGGACUACUUUACUGUCAAGAGGCUGGUGCAGAAAGUUUUCCCUCCCUGCAAGUGCAGGCGGAUCCAUCAGCACCAGGAACUGGCUCAGGCCAUGGAGGUGGAUGAUGCAGAGUUGAUGGAGCUGCUGGAUCACUGUGACGCUGCUGGAGACAACCAGCAUGAGCCGCAAGGCGCAGCAACACCUAUCCACGUCCAACAAAAAGAACCGGAGCAGACAGGGACCACGCCAAAGAACCCACUCCAGACAGAAAGCUCUCAAGAGUGGAACACACCUACAGUGCAAAUAAUGAAAGAAGAACCUGAACGUUGCAUUAGUCCACCUGGGGGAGAGGAAAGAGAAAAUGAUGGACAAAUGGGUGAGGGUGAGAAGGAUGGAGGAAGUAAAAAUGGUUCAGAGAGUGAGGGUGGUGUGCGGGGCCAGCGUGUGUGUCACACUCAUGAGAGGGCGCUUCCAAUGCAGGAGACAGUGGAUGAGCUGGACAUCACAGAGGAGGGUUUGGAGACGUUACUGUGUUACCUGGAGCUUCAUCCUCAGUGCUGGGUGGAGCUCAUGCACCCAACGCUCUCGGCCUGUCGCCUUGUGUGCUAUGGAGGACCUCGGGAGCUCCGCAAGCUCACCAGAGUGUGUGCUCCAGUGGCUGUGGUCCUGGCUAGGAAGCGUCUGGCCCAUGAAAAGGUGGAGGACUGCGACUCUCUGGAGUUUGACGUAGUGGAGUUGGCGGACACUAUGGGCUGGCAGCUCCCGCUGGUCAAGAGGGGAUUGAGACAGCUGCAGUGGGGUGGUUCGGGUCGGAGCGGCAUCGUUGUGGAAUUCUCUGCUCUUUCCUUUUACUUUCGCUCCUACGGCGACCUGACAGCUGAAGAACUUGACGAGGUGUGUGCGUUUCUGUACGGACGGGUCCAGACGCAGGAGAGGACCCAGCUUUAUCAGCUAAAAGCCUCCUUUAAAGCAUUUCGCAGUGUUGCGUAUCGGAACUGUAGCUUCUGCAUGGAUGAGUUGGAUGAAACCAGGAGCCUGAGGCUGAAGGAGCUUUUGGCUGAUUAUUUCGAGAAGCGGCGAGACCUGGACAUGAGCCAGUAUGAGGAGGAGCAGGAGGACGAGGAUGAGACCUUUAGCAAGUUUAAGCUGAAGGACUGGGAGGAGCAGAUCCGUGCCGAUGUGAGAGGUUUCCUGGUCAGUCGGAGUGAUGAAAAGUUCUCAGGUCGUGCAGUGGCAAGGAUUUUUCACGGGAUCGGAAGCCCGUGUUACCCAGCGCAGGUGUACGGCCGAGACCGGCGUUACUGGAGAAAAUAUCUCCAAUUGGACUUCAACGAGCUCAUCCGCCUGGCCACUCAGGAGAUUAUUAGAACGAGGUAACUGACAGUAGCAGUGACUCCUCCCUGUGUAGUCUGUCUCACUGUAUCACUGCACUUUUAGAAAUGACCAUAUUUAUUCCUAUUACCAAAUACUGAAUAAAGUUUAUUUUUUUCUA